AUGACUUCCUCGCAGUCGACCUAUCUCACAAUCCCGGGCUCAAUUGCCUUUUCUCAAUCCCGGAGCCGCUCCAUUGCGGAAAGCAUCGGGGUGAAGGAGGUGCGGGCCCAGUGGGUUCAUUAUGUUCAUGCUGCUGGGGAUUUACAGCAAAGCGAGCGCGCGGUGCUAGAACAGCUUCUACAUUACGGAGAUAUUGUGGGCGUUCCUGCCUCGUUCGAGUCAACAGAUGGACCAUUCGCAGUUUAUCACGUUACUCCACGAACCGGCACCAUAUCCCCAUGGAGUUCCCAAGCUACCGGGAUAUCCCAUGUUUGUGGCCUUAAAAGUAGCGUCAAGCGCAUUGAGCGCGGCUUGCGAAUCUCGUGCCUGCUUGCUGAAGGACGCGAAGACUUGGAUAAGGCUGCGUUGGACGUUCUUCAUGAUCGAAUGACUCAAAUCAUUUCGAAAGAUGAACCAGAUCUUCACCUCAUGUUCUCGGAGCAUCAACCUCUUCCCCUUGAAACGAUACCCCUUUAUGGAGAGGGCAAAUCCCCGGUUGAGGUUCUACAAAAAGCAAACACCCGACUUGGCUUGGCAUUGGACCAAUCCGAAAUCGACUACCUGGUCGAUGCGUAUGCGCCUGAUGGCCCAGUUGGUCGCCCUCCCACCGACGUCGAGCUGUUUAUGUUCGCGCAAGUAAAUUCUGAGCAUUGUCGCCAUAAACAAUUCAAUGCUACCUGGAUCAUUGACGGCGAGGAGAAACCCCAUACUCUAUUUGGUAUGAUCAGAAACACCCACAAAAAAACCCCGGAGCACACUAUUAGUGCAUAUAGCGACAAUGCUGCUGUUCUAGAAGGAGAAAUAGCCAGUUAUUGGGCCCCUAGCCCGGUGAACGGAGAAUGGACUCAGACAAAAGAGCAGGUUCAUUACUUGGCCAAAGUCGAAACGCACAACCACCCCACCGCGGUCUCACCCUACCCUGGUGCCGCAACUGGAUCUGGAGGUGAAAUUCGUGAUGAAGGAGCUGUUGGCAGAGGUUCGAAGCCGAAAGCCGGUCUUAGUGGUUUCUGCGUUUCGGAUCUAUUGAUUCCAGGGCAUAGACAACCUUGGGAACUCGAUGUUGGAAAGCCCAAUCAUAUCGCAAGCAGUUUGGAUAUUAUGCUUGAGGCUCCGAUCGGCAGUGCUGCAUUCAACAACGAGUUUGGAAGACCGUGUACAACCGGCUACUUCCGAACCUUCCUCACCAAAAUCGAUAUCGGGGAUGGAGAAUCGGAGCUCCGAGGCUAUCAUAAACCCAUUAUGAUUGCUGGUGGCGUUGGGACUGUCCGGCCACAGCACGCACUCAAAAAUCCACACACUGUCAAACCGGGUUCAUAUUUGGUGGUCCUUGGCGGACCGGCCAUGCUCAUCGGUUUGGGUGGAGGUGCAGCUUCCAGUAUUGCAUCUGGAGAAGGCUCCGCAGAUUUAGAUUUUGCUAGCGUCCAGAGAGGAAAUGCAGAAGUCCAACGGAGAGCACAGGAAGUCAUUAACGCCUGCGCGGCUAUGGGAGCCGAUAACCCCAUUAAGUUCAUCCAUGAUGUCGGAGCAGGAGGCCUAUCUAAUGCUUUACCUGAACUUAUUCAUGAUGCUGGGCUGGGAGCAAAAUUUGAGCUCCGUGAGAUUGACAAUGCAGAUAAAGGGAUGAGUCCUAUGCAGAUAUGGUGCUGUGAAGCGCAAGAGCGAUAUGUAAUGGCUGUAGGAGAGGAAAGCAUGAAUAAAUUCGUGGCGAUCGCGAAACGGGAACGUUGCGGUUAUUCAGUUGUUGGCCGCGGACUGGGUCAACCUGAAGAAGACAGGAGGCUAAUUCUUCUUGACCGAGAUUCUAAAGACCAACCUGACCCAAUCGACCUCCCCCUUUCCGUACUCUUCGGAAAACCACCGAAAAUGACGAGGAACGUUACAUCUAGACAACUUCCUCUUCCUCCCUUCGACUCUAGCCUUAAAACCUAUCUGCCCAACCUCCCUAAGGAUGGAUUGUUUAGCGAAGCUGUCACUAGAGUCCUCAAUCUACCGGCUGUUGGUUCGAAAUCGUUCCUCAUCACCAUUGGCGAUAGAACCGUGGGUGGACUGACGGCGAGAGAUCAAAUGGUUGGACCUUGGCAAGUUCCUGUGUCAGAUGUCUCUGUUACGGCAACAUCAUUGCUGCAGGGAAUGAAAACUGGUGAGGCUAUGGCUAUAGGAGAGAAACCAACCCUGGCCUUAAUUUCACCUGCUGCUUCUGCAAGAAUGGCUGUUGCAGAAUCACUUAUGAACAUUGCCGCCGCUGAUGUGCUUGGCCAAUUGACCCGUAUCAAGCUCUCGGCCAAUUGGAUGUCAGCGGCAAGCCAUCCUGGAGAAGGUACGGCCAUAUACGAAGCUGUCGAAGCCAUUGGGAUGGGACUAUGUCCACAGCUACGUAUUAGUAUUCCUGUUGGGAAGGACUCAAUGUCAAUGAAGAUGAAAUGGAAAGAUGAAAAGUCUCAAGAACCACGUGAAGUUACUGCCCCGUUGUCCGUGGUUAUCUCAGCGUUUGCGCCUGUUGGCGACAUACGUAAAACAUGGACACCAGCACUCCGCAGACGUGAGGAGGUGGGCGAGACUGUUCUUCUGUUUGUUGACCUCUCAUUCGGUCGCAAGGCUCUUGGGGGGUCCUCACUAGCGCAGGUGUUCGGACAAGUAGGAAAUCAAUGCCCCGAUGUUCACGAAGUCCAGCUUCUGAAAGACUUCUUCGACGCUAUCCAACAACUUCAAGAGCGCGGUAUCGUCCUUGCCUACCACGAUCGAUCAGAUGGCGGUCUCUUCACAACUCUCGCUGAAAUGAUGUUUGCCGGUAGAUGUGGGCUACACAUUAUGCUCGAUGGUAUAUGUCAAAGUUCAGAUACUCGUCAUGUUCUCGAGACUCUCUUCAACGAGGAGCUUGGCGCUGUGUUCCAGGUGCGCAAAGAGCAUGAGAAUCUUUUCAAAAAGUGCUUUGCAACCUGUGGCCCUCCACCUGGCUUGAUAUUCCGAAUCGGUGAGGUACCCAUCAAAUCUGAUCAAGAUCUUGUAAUUUACCACAGUUCGGUGGUCCCGAUCUAUCGGAAUUCUCGUGCCAAUCUUCAACAGGCAUGGGCCAACACAUCCCACCAAAUGCAACGACUCCGAGACAAUCCCGCAGCCGCAGAGCAAGAGUACGCAAAUAUCCUUGACGACGGAGAUCGGGGCCUAUCAUACAACCUCUCUUUUGACCCCAAGGAAACCGUGUUGCCCCUGAUAACCAACCUUACUUCUCUCUUCUCCCCCUUCUCCGCCAAACCACGGGUUGCGAUCCUUCGUGAACAGGGCGUUAACGGCCAAGCUGAAAUGGCCUUCGCUUUCAACAUGGCCGGCUUUACUGCCGUUGACGUGCACAUGACAGAUAUUAUUUCCGGACAAGUUUCUCUCUCAUCCUUUGUCGGCCUCGCAGCUUGCGGAGGGUUCUCAUAUGGUGAUGUCCUCGGUGCCGGCCAGGGCUGGUCUAAAUCAGUACUCCUGCAUAAAGACACCCGCAACGAAUUCCAAUCUUUCUUCCAGCGCUCAGAUACCUUUACCCUUGGCGUCUGCAACGGCUGCCAGUUCCUUAGUCGUCUCAAGGAACUCAUCCCAGGCGCACAGGACUGGCCUAGCUUUGAACGAAACGCGAGUGAACAGUACGAAGGCCGCGUCUGCAUGGUCCGCAUCAGCGAUCCGGACCCGGCAACACCCAGUGUUUUUCUCCACGGGAUGCACGGUUCUAGCUUGCCCAUCGCCGUCGCCCAUGGCGAAGGCCGGGCAUCGUUCGCGAACUCCAGCUCAAACGCGGAGAGCCUUGUGAAACAGAAUCUCGCACCGAUCCGCUACGUCGAUAACUCCUCGCUAAAACCUACAACGAAAUACCCGUUCAACCCUAAUGGUAGCCCAGAAGGUAUAGCUGGAGUCCGAACGCCUGAUGGUAAGGUCUUGGCGCUAAUGCCGCACCCUGAGCGGACUAUAAUGGCAGGCGUUGGAAGUUGGAUACCCCCCGAAAAGGUCGAGGAAUGGGGCAAUAUCGGUCCCUGGGGCCGGAUGUUUUACAGUGCAAGAAGAUGGGUUGGUUAG